AUGCGGGAGUUGCUUGCACCUGAGAGGAGCUGCGGCGCUGCCGACUGCUCACUGCCGCUCCGCCGCCGCCCGGGCUGCCGCUACUGCUCCUGGGGCUGUCGGUGUCGCUGCCGCAGCGUCCUCCACUCCCGCACUCCCCACCUCCUGCCAGCCCCGCCGGGUCUCGGCCCGUCCGGAGCGCGCUCGCUCCUCCGCGAGAGACGUGGGCUCACCGGGCGCCUCCCCGAACCCGCUGGGGGCGCCCGGGCGCAGGAGGGACUGCGCGAUAGCUGCAGCGGGAACUCUCUCGGCCCAGCGUUCAGUUCCCCAGCCCCUCCAGGGAGGCUACGGCCCCGGGGCGCGGACCAGAGCCGGGAAGGCGCGUCUCCACUGUACGGCGAGCGCGGCGCCUCCUGCCUUUCUUGGGGGAGCCCCGGGGAUGCCGCAGCACUAGCGCUCAGGCCCGGGUGCCCUAAUCCUGCGAGGGAGCAGCAAACGGGACGCAGGGGCGCCCCACCACCCUGCUCGCUCCCGGGUGCCCCAGCUUUGGGAAGGAGCGACACACCCGGGGCAGUAGGGCCCCCUCAACUUUUCAUGCCCUGCUUUGCUUCCCUCUGGCGAGGGCGCGACAGCGAACUCAGGGGGCUGAGCGGACUGAGGGGCAAGUGGCCUUAGAGAUCAGUGUUCGGUGCUUAUCUGUCUGCGCGUCCUGACACUAGGGAUGACCGAAGUUGAAACACACACAAGAUCGAUUUAAAAACGUACCGAGGCAAACGACUUUCGCCCUUAAAAAAAGAACAGUCGCUCCGAGACUCCUCCCUUCCAAUCUCGGGCGGACCGGGGAGGGGAGGUGGUGUUUGACUAACCAUUCAUUCACCCGAAAAGAGGGAGGGACCCCCGCCCCGCCGCUAAUCUCUGGCUGGGGCCGCCGCGCGGCCGCCUCUGCAGCUCAGAGCUCCGUCGCUCCCUCAGCCCGGCUGCGCCCUCUCGCCUCUGCAGCACUGGGUGUCGGGGAGUCAGCUCCUGUGAUCCCCCUGCUGAAUCGCCUCCUCCUGCCCACGCAGUGGCAUCCUCUACUCAAAUCGCAGAGAUAAUUUUUGUAACCAAAGUACGAAGGCGCGAGGUGGCAGUGAGGGACGCUUGGCAAGUGUUAGGACCUGACGAUCAGCUAGCUGUCCUUGAGCUCACGGUGGACCACCGACUUCCUGUGUCCAAGAGUUGAAACUGGGUCCCCACGGAACGGACCUAAGGGUCUCCAGGCAAAUGAUUUGGAGACUUCACUUAAUUAGUGCAACAUUGCCAACAUCGCAACACACCGAGGAGCUGAUCCGAGCACGUUGCUCUGACGUGGGAAAAAUAAGAGAAGGGAAAGCUGUCAUUAGCUUAGCACGCUCCAUUUCCCUCCCAAAAUAGAUUCUCACAGUAAAAUUUAAAUUAAAAGAGAAGGCUGAUGUGUGAUUCCUUCCCUCCC